AGCAUGAGUCCCUUCUUUGUGAUGUCUCUCCUCUUUGGCCUGACUUUUGGUCGAACAGCAUCACUUUGUGCUCCUUCUGAGUAUAUAAUCCAUGUGGAGAAAAGGGAAUGUGCCUACUGCCUGGCCAUCAACACCACCAUCUGCGCUGGAUUUUGCAUGACUCGGGACAGCAAUGGCAAGAAGCUGCUACUCAAAAGUGCUCUGUCCCAGAACGUGUGCACAUAUAAAGAGAUGUUGUAUCAAACAGCACUGAUUCCGGGCUGUCCUCAUCACACCAUCCCUUAUUAUUCCUACCCUGUGGCUGUGAGCUGCAAGUGUGGUAAAUGUAACACUGAUUAUAGCGACUGUGUUCAUGAGAAGGUUAGGACAAACUAUUGCACUAAGCCACAGAAGCUCUGUAACAUGUAAGAUUCCAGCAGAAUGUGGUCAAAAUGUACUUCUGUGCUCAUAA